AGCUGCUAAAGCCAUGGCGGCACUGGAUGUUAUAAUGGGAAUCUUUAUAGACAUGGUGACCAUGGUAACCAACUGGAUGAUAUUCAGUGUCCAGGGAAUCUUGAUGCUCCGCAGAAGCAAUUUGAAUCUGGUACGGAGUCAAUGCCUUACUACGACACCACUGCAUGGCUCCAAAUACAUCACGUAUCACCAAGCUCCAACCAAGUACAGUGCUCAAAACUCACACCAACCUCGAGUGCUGUUCUUUCCCUGGCUCGGUGCUACCAAACGAGGGAUACUGAAGUAUGUGGAACUGUACCACGAGGCUGGAAUGGAUGUAAUCGAACUUCAUUGUAACUCUAGAGUUGGAUUUCUCUGGCCAAAAUCCAUUGAGAAGGAGGUUUUAGAGAUAAUUCCUUCAAUCCAUAAAAUGGUGGAAGAGACUAACGACACAUUGAUGGUCCAUGCUGCUUCAAUCGGUGCGUACGCUUACACUGUCUUCCACAUGGAGAUGUCGUCACAUCAGGAAUACAGUCAUCUUAAAGACCGCAUCGUUGGACAGGUUUUUGACAGUGUUGUGGCAGGUGGACUAGAGCGAAUGGCGUCAGGCCUGGCAACAAAUGUGUCAUCAAAUACAUUGAUUCAGUCAGUGAUAGUUCAGACGAGCUUGUUGUACUUUGGAGUGACCAAAGCAUACACCACCAACUUUUAUAACAAAUCCAUAGAGUAUUUUCAUCAGCAAAUUGGGGGGCGACCAGGGUCACCAAAUCUGUUUCUACACAGCGGAAAUGACCCAAUGGCUGAUCCAGAGUCAAUAAAGAACUUGCUUCACAUUUGGAGAAAGGAGCGCGAUUUGAAGGUGCUAGACAAAUACUGGCCGGAAUCUGUACAUGUUGGUCAUUUGAGGGAACAUAAGGAGGACUAUCACAAGAUAUUUAAGGAGUACAUGGAUCUAGUUAAAGGGGGACUGUAGGCAGGAACUAGGGGGUCAUAAUGGUAGUCUUAAGGUGACGUCUGCACAGUAGGGUCCUUGGUUGUAUACGAUUCAGUGAUGAUUACAUUUCGAUGACUGUGAGAUACAGGACAAACAUAUCAGUACUCUAUUCAUAUCGUGUUCAUGUUGUC